CGUUGUAAACGACAUUGCAGAAGAAGCAUGCAGAAACUGUCAUGGUGGCCUCCUGAAUACAUCGACGAAUGUUUGCCCUUUCUUGCAGUCGCCUGUUAUUACAGGCUCUUCCCAAGCAACCGGUCACACCUAGAGCUACAGCACAAUGCAUAAGAAGUCUGAGAACAUCUCAGCAAGAAACUCUAAAGAAAGAUGACAUGCCUAUUAAAAUGGAAAACCCUUUCAAGUCACCCCCGAAAACUUGCAUCCUGUGCAAUGUAACUGUAGACUUCAAAAACGUUCAGUUGUUGUCCCAGUUUAUUUCACCACACACUGGCAGAAUAUACGGCAGACACAUAACAGGCUUGUGUGGUCGAAAGCAGAAAGAAGUAUCAAAGGCAAUCAAGAAAGCUCGUUCAAUGGGUUUUAUGUCAGUGACUCUGAAGGAUCCACAGUUUAUUAAAGACCCUGAUAUUUGUGGUAUCAAACAUUCUGAAUAGGUUCUGUAUGAAGACACAGCAGACCAUCUUUUGUUUCUGUAAAUCUGUUUGUAAAAUAUAUAAAAUGCUGAACAAUAAACAGUGGAACAUAA